UUAACAAAAGAAAUUUCAAAUUUGAGAAGUAACAAAAGAUUUUUGACAAACAAGUACAGUUGUUUGUUUCUAUACAGCAUAUUUGCUUUGACUGUCCACAGAUACCUAUGUGGAAACUCAUAAGAACAAGGAAGUUGUGACGCACUAUGCAAGCAAUUUGAAAUAUUCUAGUUUCUGGCUCCAAGAGGUGCUUCAGUCGAUCUUGUUGCCACAGAGAAAAACAAGUUGCCAUACAAAGGAGAAAGGAGUUUGGCACUUUGUUCUGGGAGCUAAUCUGAUCAGUGUUUACAUCUGAAAGACUUUGGUGUGUUCACGGGUGGUUUGACAUGCUACCUGUAGUGCAGACCCGAUGGGUUUAACCUUGAUGGGUUAUUGUAGCUUUCACCUGACCUGAUGCUAUAUCAUAUGUUAGACCCUUGGAGUCUGGCUGAGAAUGAUGGAAGCACUCAGAAAAUCCAUUUACUCUUUGGCUCUACAGAUGUCAACCUACAGGCGGGCCACCUUCGACGAGGAUGACCUGAUCAGCUCCAUGGCUGAAGAUGAAAUUUAUCCAGUGACCAGACAGAUGGACUUGAAGAGAUCAAGGGGUUUGAGGGGCUGUUGGGCCAACAGGACUCACCUGGAAAAACGUCUACUGGUUCUGAUCAUCUUCGUUGUGCUGGCACUGCUCUGCAGUGUCAUUGCCCUGCUCAUCAAAUACAGAAAUACCCCAAAAGUUUGUCUAACAGAGUCCUGCAUCAAGGUUGCCAGCAAUAUCCUCCAAGCCUUGGAUCGCUCCGUUGACCCCUGCCACGAUUUCUACAACUACGCCUGUGGAGGCUGGAUUAAGGGAAACCCACUGACAGAUGGAAAGGCCAGAUUAGAAACAUUCCACACCAUAUGGAACCAGAACCAGGUCAUCAUGAAGCAUAUUUUGGAAAGCAAAAAGUUGAACACCACAAGUGAAGCUGAACACAAAGCCCUGCAUUUCUAUCAGGCCUGCAUGAAUGAGCAGAAAAUUGAGGAGCUGCAGGAAAAGCCUCUACUUGACGUCAUUAACAAAUUGGGAGGCUGGAACAUCAGCAGAGACUGGAACAAGGACAACUUUCAAGAAGUGCUCCAGGCUGUCACAUCCCUCUACCAAAGCAGCCCGUUCUUCUCCGUCUACGUCAGCAAUGAUGCUAAAAACUCCAACAGUAAUGUCAUUCAGAUAGACCAAUCUGGGCUAAAUUUACCUUCAAGAGAUUACUAUCUCAACAAAACUGCCAAUGAGAAGGUCCUAACAGCUUACUUGAAUCACAUGGUGAAACUAGGGGUGCUGCUGGGUGGCGAGGAGACUUCCACCCAGGCCCAAAUGCAGCAGGUUCUCGACUUUGAGACAGAGCUGGCCAACAUAACAGUUUCACAGGUGGACCGCACAGAUGAAGAACAAAUAUACAACAAAAUGACAAUACGCAGCCUCCAGGGGCUGGCUCCAGCUGUUGACUGGCUGUCCCUGCUCUCUGCCAUCAUGUAUCCAAUAGAGCUGAGUGACUCUGAGCCUGUGGUCAUCUACGCAAAGGAAUACCUGAAGAAAGUCUCCGACCUUAUUAACUCGACAGAUAAAAGUAUCCUCAACAACUAUAUGAUAUGGAAUGUGAUAACCAAAACAGCCAGCUUUCUGGAUCAUCGCUUCCAGGAUGCUGAGGAAGAAUUCCUUAUGGUCAUGACAGGAACUAAAACAAUGUGUAACACUCGAUGGAAGAAGUGCGUUAGUGACUCUGAUGAAAUACUUGGGUUUUCACUUGGAGCUUUGUUCAUCAAAGAGGCAUUUGCUCAAGACAGCAGGCGGAUUGCUGAAGAGAUGAUUUCUGAAAUUAAAGCGGCUUUCGAAGAGAACAUGAAGAAGGUCACGUGGAUGGACGAAGAGACCAAAGCAGCAGCAAAAGAAAAGGCAGAUGCAAUCUACAACUUGAUUGGCUUCCCAAAGUUUAUCCUGGAUGCGAAAGAACUGGAUGAGGUCUUCAGAGAUUAUAAAGUGGUUCCUAACCUCUACUUCCAAAACAUGCUGGAGUUCUAUAACUUCUCCACACGAGUCAUGGCCGAUCAGCUGCGGAAAUCUCCUAACAAAGACCAGUGGAGUGUGACCCCUCCCACCGUCAAUGCCUACUACUCCCCAACAAGGAACAUGAUUGUGUUCCCAGCAGGCAUUCUCCAGGCUCCAUACUUCAAUCAGGAUUUCCCCAAGUCUUUAAAUUUUGGUGGAAUCGGAAUGAUUAUGGGACAUGAACUAACUCACGCGUUUGACAACCAAGGGAAAGAGUAUGACAAAAGCGGCAACAUGAGGUCCUGGUGGAAGAAUUCCUCAGUCAAGGCCUUCAAACAUCAAACUGAGUGCAUGAUUGAGCAGUACAAUAAUUAUGUGAUCAACGGCGAGCACGUGAACGGCAAGCAAACUCUGAGUGAAAAUAUCGCUGAUAAUGGUGGUUUGAAAGCAGCUUACCAUGCCUAUGAGAAAUGGGUAAAAAAGAAUGGUGAAGAGAUGGUUCUGCCUGCCUUGAACUUCACUAAUCGACAACUCUUCUUCGUGGGAUUUGCCCAGCUUUGGUGCUGCUUACGGACCCCAGAAAGCACCCACAUAGGGCUCAUCGCAGACAGCCAUAGUCCUUCAAUGUACAGGGUCAUCGGAGCAGUGACUAACUCCAUCGAUUUUGCCAAACAUUUCAACUGUCCUGAAGGAAGUCAGAUGAACCCUGUGCAAAAAUGCGACGUGUGGUGAAUUAAAUAAGAUGAUGAGGAACGGAAGCCUCGAGUCCUGGAGCUGUGGGAUUGGUCUGAACGUCAGGUCCCACCUCAGCUAACUGGGUCAAUUCUGCGUCUCAUAACAAAAAGAAAUUUAUUUGACUAUAUUUUUGUUGAAAUGCCUGUGGAUCGCAGUGUGAAUACUUUUACUCCGCUUCCCACACUAUGGAUAAUGCUGGAACCUGUGGGAAGAGCACACAACAAAACAGAAGAUAACAUUUGAUGGCAUUGCUGCAAGACAGGGCACUAUCCACCUAAACACUAAUUGCCCUUUUUUUUUCAGAGCAUUUAUACUUUGGUUGUUAUUUUUACUAAGUAGGGUGAAUAUCUAAGAUGCUAAAGAAUGGUUUUGGUGGUGGUGUAGAUGGGGAGCAGCUCUUGUGGAUGUUCUGUCACUGCAUCGGGGUCUCCAUGCACAUGGAUCUUCCACCUAUGCUGGAAAUACCCGAGGAAAUUUAUAGCAAAGGUUUAUAAUGGUUGGAUGGAUUUUGUAUGCAUUGCCCUGGUCUAAGUACACUGAAAUGUUAUUGAUCAGAGAGAUCAUGAACAGUUUAUGGCCACAUGGCCUUGUUUGCCUCCUUUCCUUCUCUUUCCAGCAAGUGAUACGUCCAUGUUUGUUUUCUGUGCAGCAAAAGGGGGCAGAGGGUGGUAAGUGAAGUCAGGAAACUGAUUAGCCUCUUAACUAACUUCGACAAUUUAACAAAGCAUCCAGCCAGUCCUCCCCUUCCCACCUCAUGUCCCAAAGAAUCCAAGGACUGACAGAGAAGUUGGGGUCCAAAACUACUUCCCAUGGGGUGGAAGAUUUGGAGGGGGGGAGACUGAAAUGUUGAGAGCAAUUAUGCCUUGGCCUUACUGAGGACCCAGCUUUUAGAUUUAUUCAGUCAAAGGUAGAUUCUUAACAAAACUGUUGUUUGCUUGUAUGUGUCCCUAACCAUCUCUGAAACUCAUUUGCUACGGUUAGUUUUCUAGACCCUGAAUCUGCAUAUCUUCAAAAUUUUAGACAUCUAUUCUGCAAAGCAAUUGAGUUAACCUUAGAUUGUGGUGUAUGCACUUUUAAUCACUUUUAAAAUUUUGUCAAUAGGAUACUCUAUUGGAGACCACAGUGAGACAGAUUUGCAUUUUUAAUCUCUAGUACUGUCCUUUAGAAUUUUUGUUCUGGUGAUCAAAUCCUUUCAAGAGGUGAACCUAUAUCUCACUCUCUCUAUUAUCUCAUUCAGCCCUACAACCCUUAUGAUCGCUAUAAUCCUGACCUCAUUUACAUCCACAGUUUUCCUCCAGUUCAUCAUUGAAAAGCAUGUGGCUUGACAUCACCAGCAAAGAGUUCUGUUGUCACUAUCUGUCUCUCAGGAGCCCCGCAGACGGUCAGAGCUCAUCACCGAAGGGUGGCCCUUGGCAUCAAACCCUGCCUCAUGCUGCUGAUUACAUUUUGUACAGAGUGGUAGCAAAGGCAGCGGAUGUGGUGCAGCCAGCAGAGCCACAGCCUCGCGUCACCAGAGCCCCAGGUUCAGUCCCGACCUUGGCAACUGUCUGUAUUUUCCCAAUCCUAGCUUGGCCCCUACAAAUUACCCUUGUGUGCAAGUGAGUGGUUAGAGUCUGAGUAGAGGGUUGAUGAGUACUUGGGCAGAAUAAAACUGGGAUUAAUGUAAAUGUGUGGUUGAUAGAGCAGACUUGAUGGGCCAAAUGGUCUGUUUCCUUGCUCUAUCUUUCUAUGACUGUCUUAUUCACAGUCUGGAGUCUAAGGGCCUUAGUGUUAAGGGUGUUAGCCUGGAGUGACAAUUCUGCCAAUAUAUUUGAAGGAUUUUGGUUCAAGAACACAAUAACGAAUCAGUAUGUAGAAAAAUGUUUAUUGGUAUGGUACAUUCAUUAUAAAUAAUGCAUUAAUAUGCACAUUAAGGGUGAUUAAUGUUCCUCAUUUUCAUUUGUAACAGCUGCAGAAAGCAUACCAUAGAUUGCCAGCUAUCUAUCAGUAACUUCAGCAGAUUCUAGCCAAGGUGGCUGAGAUUCCUGCCCGUCCCACCCUUGCGUUCUGAUGCCUCAGAUUCAGGGAACUCCCAGUCUUCCAAAGCUUGUAUUAAUCAUUUAAAAUUCCCGUGAGUCUCUCAUCAUAAGCGAGAGUGAAUGAUAACUGGUCACCUUCUACCGAAGAAUAUUUUGCUGGGGCUUACAUUGCUUUUGCCACUAAGUGCUAAAGGGUUUGUCCCUUCAGUACCUACAUAGGCAGUCUUUGCACAUUGAAAUUUCACAAUGAGCUGAGUAACUUUGCUGAUGUUGGGUAACUGCAGGAAACAGGUUACGUCAAGGCAAACCUAUGCAAUAUUGUCAGGGUAAAAUGUGAGUUUUACAAGCUGUAAUAGAUGUCCAGUGUGUGUCAUUGGUACAGUACAUGGACUGGAUGCAUCCUGUUUGUAUUUGGCUGAUUGGCCAAUGAUCCUUCCUGUUGUAUUGCAUUCCUUUGUCUCCAAACUAACUCCAUCAGCUGCUGGAUGAAAGCAAAUCCCUUCGCACUACUAUGGGUGGGGUUCACUCAGUGUCAGCUAGAUCCCUUCUGCGCUGGCUUAACAGUCACAAGCAACGCAACCACAGCACAUAAAACGAUGUUUCAUUUUGUUUUUUUGUGUCCUAAGAAACUUGUAGGAAGUGUUAAAGGUUUCUGCACAAUAAUGAACUGAAGUUGAUAUCAGUGUAACGUGGUGAUGCAGCAAUCAGAGUGGAAAAGUAGAUUUCCCCUUUUGGAAGUCUAUUCCCUACUGAUGGUAAUAAGCCAUCAGGAAAUCUCACAACUCCACCUACAGACUUUGAACUCUGAAGAAUAACCACCCUUACAAUUCAAAAUUCUCCUCUCUCGUCAGGAACAUUGUACAGAGAGAACAAUUUCCAAUACAGAAUACCCAAGUAAAUCCUGAUGGCUGUACAUCGUCACUUAGAGUUGCACAUCUAGUACUGAUCUUUGUAGCUACUUCAAGAAAAAAAGUAAGUUACUUUUGUACAAAAGAAAUCAAAAUGAGGUUUUGUGCUCUUUUUUGGAUUCACAAAGUAUAGUAUUAAUCCUAACCCCAGUUAACUAGGAUAAUAAGCACUGUUACCGCCGGGUUUAUUUCCUACUGUGGUUGCAGAAUUGUAGUUCAAAAAAUUAGGUGUAAAUGUUAUGCAUUGAUGUCCAUAACAAUCUUUUAGUAAUGCUUCUCAUCUGAAGCAAGUAGUUAUUUGCAGCUGCUGCCCACCUCUGGCAACAGAAUUGCAGUACCUAACCUGUGUACUGAUGGCAUCAGGGUAAUUUCUCCCAUUCACUGCCCAGUGGUUGGGCUGAAUUCUCUGUUGCCUAUUGCAAUCCAGUGGCUGAGGAGGGGCCAGGAGUCCUGAUCACUGUUCAGUGCUUUGGGUGGGGGGGGGGUGAUCAAUGGGACCAUGCCCCUGAUCAUUGUCUUGUGGCUGGGUGCAGGAUUAGUGAUCUCCUUAUUGGCCUCUGUUCCUGACUGGUGCUCACUGGUUGGGCCUGACGGUACAGCUCUCAAUCCUGCCCAAUAGUUGGGUCAGUAGCUGCUUAGAAACAAUUGGAUGACAGUAUGUUUGACUUGACGUUACUGUGCCAUUGAUUGUUCGAUCUACAACAGAGAAGUGCAGGAUAGCUGGAGGUUUUGAGCUUAGAUUGAUGUCAAUAGAGUAUCAGUUUAUUUAGCUUACCUUCCUUUCUCUCUGAUUCACAAUCAGUCAUUUUGUUACCUGUUAUUUAACUACUGUAUAUUGCAUCAUCUCCAACAGAUCUCAUCUUGAAGAGAAAGUUAACUGCAUUACAAGAAAACAAUUCCACACUACUAACUGUGGGUGCUUUCAUAUUGUUAACAGUGACCUUUCCCAGUAGCUAGUUGAUGCAAGUGUUCUCCUUAAAGGAGGACAUGGACAUUCAUCUCCAAUUUAAUGACCUCACCUUCGAUCUAUACCCUAACUGCAUUUACUUUCUUUUGCUUCAUAUCACCCGACAUUGUCAGCACAGGUAGGUAGUGGGGGCUUGUGGAGCUGCUGACUCACUGCUGCAGUGAGCAAAGUUCGGUCAUGAUCUUCCUCUAUGUUGUAAAGGAAUGUACAGAUUAAAUUGUUGGUAUUCCUGAAGUAACGUAAUAAUUUUAAAAAUCGUGAGCAAAAUCCUUCUAGUUAACAAUCAUGAGUGAUCAGUGAAUUGCUUCUCAACUGCAAACAGUUUAAUGCCAGCAAUGGAAUUUAAAAGGAACUAUGACAAACAUUUAAAGCCCCCACCCCAACUCCAUUUAGUCAAGGGUGAAAUUUCAGAUCCUUGGUAUUUCUGAUUGUCCCACCACUUAACUGUGAGUCAGAUAUGGGGCUGGAUAUCCUCAUUACCCAAAGCAGAGAGAAGCUUCACAUAAUCUUAAUUACUAGAUGUGUUGAUUAUGUAGUUUUCUCUUGUCAAUCUGAAAAUGUGCCUCUUGUUUGAAAUCAAUCAUUGAUUCUGAUUUUAAUUUUUAUGUAAUACUGGCCUGUAAAGAGAAAAUAUUUACAUAAAUAUUUUACGUUCUGUAUGUGAACAUAUUUUCUUGCAAUGUUGACAGAUUUUAUUUUGAAUGAGUGCUGUUGUGUACAGUCUUUUUAAUGAGAUGUCCUGUGGGUGAAUUGCAAUUCUGAAAGCCUAUACAUAAGUUUUUUGUUGUACAGACAGAAAUGUUUUAAUUAUAAUUCAAACAUUAAUCAAUG